UCCUCAUUUCUUCUCUUCUCUUCAGCUCGCCGACCGCUCACUCUCCCUCUGGCCGCUGGACGCAUGCGUCUCUCCUCCCUGUUGCCAUCGCUCAGCUCGCCCCAUCUCCCAUGGCCGCGCCCUGCUCGGCUUCUCUAGUGCACGCGCGGUUCGCCGGCCAAGUCCCCUCACCGGCAUCCUCCAUAGCUCGCUCGCGGCUGUUGCUCUGCCAGGCCGCGUCCACCUCGUCCGCCCACGCCCCCUUCCCCAGCUUCAAAUGCCUCCUCCUCAGCGCCAUGAUGAGGAACCCGGAUUCCUCCCUCCCCUGCGACCUUCCCCGCCUCCCUUUCUCUGUCUCCCAUGCCAUCGGUGGCGGCGCCGUCGUCCCUGUUGACCACAUCGGACGCCGCUGCUCACUGCCCUGUACCAGUUCACCAUGGCCUACUCCUACUAGAGACCCGGCAAGCACCUCGACCGUGCAGUCUUUAAUUUCUAUCCCGUGCUUGACCCGUCCCUCUACCUGGUGGCCUCGGUGAGCUCCCCUGCAAGCUCCAUCGCGCCGUCGCCUUGGUCCGUGCUCGACCUCCCUAUCACUUCGGUGUUGAGCUCCUAGCCCCUUCCGACGGUGUGGUCAAGCAUUUGGGCGCCGUUCCUUCUCAGACCCCCUCUGCUCGGUCAUGGCACCUGGCCGCCGCGCCCCUGUUUCCUGUUCCCAGCUCCCUACUGGGCCAGCGCCCCUCAUCCUCCCUCGUUGUUGACCGUCGAACCCUGUGCUCCCCUGCUCGGCCACACCCAGCAGCUCGAUCCUUGGCCCCUUGCCAUAGCCACAGUUUCCUCUCCCCAUCUGCCAAAUCGCCGUGCCUCCCUAGCGCUCCUCGACGUCAGCUGUCGACACCACCUCACCCAUGUCAUACAACGCCGCGGAGCUUACCGGCGUCGACCUCCCUCGGCGCCGUCUCCUCCAGCCGCCAAUUCACCAGUGUGUCGCCUCCUCCCCAUUUGUUGUGCCUUGCGAUCUCGCCUGUGCCUGCUCCUAGUCGGCGCUCACUCGGAUCCGCGUCCCAGUUCCGCUUGUCGUGGGCCAUGCUCGUCCGACUCAACGUCUCUGUUCCUGCGUGCCAUGCGCCACUCCGUUGUGCCCCGAAUGUCGUGCUCGCUGUGGUCGGCUCUGGUGGUCGGCAUCGUCACGUUAUCUGCCCCGCCAAGCCCUCAGACCCACUCUGCUCCAAUCGUCCAUCAUCGCUAGCUCUUGUGCCUCUCUGUGCGUGCGCUACUCAUUAUUGCGGUGCCAUCCAGCUCGUAGUCGGCUUUAUCGUGAUUGUUGUGCAUUGCUCGACACCCUGCCAUCAUGUCUACAUUUGUGUUUGCCAUCGUCGUCAAGUUCCUAUUUUAGUUGCCUCGCCUGCGUGUGUGUGGGAGUGAUGCUGGAGCUAUGGUUGAAGAAGAAAGUGAAGUCCAAAAGAGACGCUCUUCAUGGACCUUGUCAUCGAGCCACGUUGUGCCCACGACGUGCUCGUCGACUCCGAUGAUCUGUUUUCUAAUUACGUGUUGCCUACGUCGAUCUUCGAAACCCCUUGUCGUGCUCGACUCUGCAAGUCUCCAACUCAUCGUCGUUCUGUGCGUCAUCAAGAAAUCCCGAGAGUUUUGUGAAGAAGCAAUUCUCGCGUGGCGCUCGUCUAAUAUUCGACGAACUUUUUGAACAUGUGAUCGUCGUCAUUUCUGCAAAUUCCAAGUCAGAUUUAGGUAAGCUGAUUCACUAUUUUUAUUAGUUGAUUGGAUUGAUGGAUCAAAUAGAAUUGUUGAACGUGAUGAUUUUUUUGAUUUAGCAUACGUGUGUUGAAAUCGGGAUUUUAGAUGCGAUUGAUAUGAAGGGUAAGGGUAGACAUAUCUAAAUUAUGUGACCGAAUUAAUAAUACAAAUUAUAGGACUAGUGUUUCUAAGGUCUGGCAGAUAAAUAUUGAUUAAAUUGCUUUGGAUGU